AUGUAUCUAUCUAUCUAUUUAUCUAUCUAUCUAAGAAUGUGCUUAUUUCUCUAUGCUUAUCUAUCUAUAGUUGUUCAUUUUAGUCUGUUCAUAUCUAUCUAUCUAUUUAUCUAUCUAUCUAAGAAUUUUCUAUCUAUCUAUCUAGAAUGUUCAUUUUAUAUGUUCAUAUCUAUCUAUCUAUCUAUCUAUUUAUCUAUCUAUCUAAGAAUGUGCUUAUUUCUCUAUGCUUAUCUAUCUAUAGCUGUUCAUUUUAGUCUGUUCAUAUCUAUGUAUCUAUCUAUCUAUCUAUUUAUCUAUCUAUCUAAGAAUGUGCUUAUUUCUCUAUGCUUAUCUAUCUAUAGUUUCUGUUCAUAUCUAUGUAUCUAUCUAUCUAUCUAUUUAUCUAUCUAUCUAAGAAUGUGCUUAUUUCUCUAUGCUUAUCUAUCUAUAGUUGUUCAUUUUAGUCUGUUCUAUCUAUCUAUCUAUUUAUCUAUCUAUCUAUCUAUUUAUCUAUCUAUCUAUAGCUGUUCAUUUUGUGUUCUUAUUUCUCUAUCUAUUUAUCUAUCUAUAGUUGUUCAUUUUGUUCAUUUUGUUCAUAUCUAUGUAUCUAUCUAUCUAUCUAUUUAUCUAUCUAUCUAA